AUGCAGAAACCAAAUGUGUCUAAAUCGCCAAAAUGGCUUCCUGCUGCCCUGCCUACAAUCCUCAAAACCACCACCUCCACGGUCGGUAUCUACCAAGGCCAACUUGUCUUGCCUUAUUCACUUCAGAAUCAGAUCUCUAGUUUGCAAAGCCAAGUGGGAAUUCUUCUGGAACAGCUUCAUGUUGCAAAUCCAGAAUCUAAAGCACUAACAAAAUUUGCUGAUCAACUUCUACAUAUUGCCAUAUCUUUAGACAAGUUUGUAGAAGCCUUAUCAGGUUUGUACGGCAGUACUACUAGUAGCAAUGAAAUCAGCAAUGUGGACGAAGACUUCAGCGAGCCAGAGGAUAGUGAAAUUGAGGAAGGAUCAACUCAUCGUUUUAACUCAGGUGAGCUUCAUAACUACACUGCAUUGAAACCAAAUGGGCUGACUGGGAAGAGAAACUUCCUCGGGGUGGAAGCAAUUAGUCCAUCUGUAGCACUAGCUUGUGCCAAUAUGGCCCCAAAUGUAGAUCGUUUCAUGAGUUAUAAGAUAUAUGAGACGUGCCCUGAUGACUGGGACAUUGCUCAGAAGCUUAUUGCUGAUGGCUGUGACCCAUUGCCAAGAAGGAGAUGCUUCUCUAAAACACCUCCACGUUACAGUAAGUCGCUUCCUAUAAACGCGUCCCUUCGGUCUCAGCCUAGUGAUACCAAUAUCUUAUGGAGUCAUUACAAGUGCAAAGAUUACACCUGUCUUGUUUCAAAUGAAACAAUGGGCAAAAGAGGCUUCUUCAAAUGUUCAAAUUGUUUUGAUCUUUCGAAGAGAGGAUGGGAAAUCCCAAUGAAUGAAUCUAUUUCAGCUGAAUUCACCAUAGAUGAAGUUCUGAGAUUGAAGUCAGGGGAAAUGAGGAUUGGACUCGAUUUUAGCCCUUCAACCAGCACCUUUGCUGCUCUAAUGAGGGAAAGAAAUGUAACCAUCGCAUCAGCCACCUUAAAUUUAGGGGCUCCUUUCAAUGAGGUGAUUGCACUCAGGGGCCUCCUACCGCUCUACCUAUCAACUGGCUCAAGGUUGCCAUUCUUUGACAACACACUCGACAUCAUACAUUCUACACUCUUCCUGGAUGGCUGGAUUGGAGUAGGACUUCUCCAGUUUGUGCUUUUUGAUUGGGACCGUGUUCUUCGACCCAAAGAACUACUUUGGGUGGAUCGUUUCUUCUGUAAAAGGGAUGGUUUGGAGAUCUAUUUGAAUGAAUUUUCCAGGCUAGGCUACAAAAAGCUACUGUGGAGGGUUGUACCAAAGACUGAUAAGUUGGAGGAUGAGCUUUACUUUUCUGCUGUAUUGGAAAAACCACUUUGA